CGCGUAGCCAGCCCCUCCCUCCGUGCCUACGGGAGGGUCUGGCAAAUUGACCAUACUCCGCUCGUUCUGUUAACAAUAAUAUUACGUCAUCCAAAUAAUAUUACGUCAUCCAAAUAAUAUUACGUCAUCCGAAUAAUUAAUUUUUAAUGAAAAAAUUGGUACAUUGUGAUUUGCGCGCGCAAUAUUUGUCCUGCAGACGUCGGACGAUUCAAAAUUAUUAUGAUGGCGAUGAAUACUGUACCUUGCUUUUUGUGUAAAGAAGAGCUGGUGUCAAGGACUCAGCAGGCAAAGAAGUUGCUUUUAUUUGAGAACUCAGGAAGGAAGUACCUUGAUCUAAUAAAUGAUAUUGCAGAAGAGGGAAAUAGAUUGGGACUAGUUCAAGACUCUGAGGCUCCACUUAGAAAAGCAUACAUUUGCCACAAUUGCUGUGGAAGUUUAGAAAGAUGGGAAACUUUGAAAAGAAAGGCUGAAGAAGAGAAGAGAAAAUUAUUAUCUAAACUGGAUUCCUUGUUUGAUGAGGAUUUCUGCACUCCUGAACAGGCUGAAUCACUCGGGGAUUGUUUUCCAAAUCCCAGAUCAUCACGAAAGAGGACUUCAUCAGCAAGAGAAUCAGUAUCUAAACUUACUGUGCCAUAUGAUUCAUACGAGAAAACAUAUCUGCUGAAAUCUCCUUUCACAGAAGAAAACACCUUAAGAAUGGUCAGAAAGAGUUACAAUUAAGACACUCUCAACUUCUCUAAUAGAGUCUGAACGAAUGGGAGCUUCACUGUUACAAGAGUUGAUAUGCCAAAUGCAGAGAGAGAUGAAGCAUAUAUGCUCACAAUCACAUGAUUCCAUUCUGAGAGAUACUAAAGGAGAUGUGACAGUGAAGCAGUUCUCAUGGGAAACAGUUUGGGAUGAGUUACAUAGAAAUAUACCCACUUUGAUUAGCGUUUUGGUUGAUUUGGCAGACGGUGAUGUGCCCCUCACUUGUUUCAUUGCUUCGAUGCUUUUAAAGAAACGUCUUCCAAAAAUGUGUCUGGUACAGAGGGCAACAUCGAUCCUUUUAUAUGGUAAUGGAGCAAACACAAAGAUUUAUAAUUGUCUACAACCAUUGAUGAUCUGUCUGUCACAUGGUGGUACUAUGAAUUUAUUGGAUCGCUUAGGAAAGGAUUAUGAUGUUGACGUACUCUCUUGGUCUAAUAGCCUUUUAUCACAAUUGGAAGAUCCAGUUGAUUCAACACUGGUGUUUAAUUUUGAAGCAGAACAGGAAAUUAAUCAUGGUUAUGAAGAAGAUGCUUUUGAUUUAGUUGAUUUGAAUGCUGACUGUGGAGAUGAUGGUACAAGCAGUGAUACUGAUGAAAAUGUUGAAGAGACGAUAUAUGAGCAAGCUGAUGAGCAAGAGUUAGAUGAUUUGGGUUCAAGUAGAACUGAUCAAGGUAAUGCUACAUGUUUUGCUUGUCAUGUUUUGCCUUGGAAAGGGUUUAAGCUUGUAGGAGAUAAUGUUGAUAAAAACAUUCAUCCAUCAUUCGACAGGAUUUACUCACAUACUCUUAGCUUGCAUUACUAUCAUUGCUUUGCAGUGCUCGAUAGGAUUGAUCUUACAGGAGUUAGUGAUAGUAAUUCCAAUAGAGUCAUAGAAUUGUCGACAUUGCUUCCUUCAACUGAUGAUGUUAUACUCAUGAAGAAGUAUUUUUCUAUUUUGAUUUCAAGGGUACUUGUGAAACAGCUUCCCGAAUACAUGAGUGAUGCUGAAUUAGUCACAUGGCACAUACAUCAUGAGAAACAAUUUGAAAUGUCAAGAAAGUCUAAAGUGGUGCCACUAGGUGUUAUUCUACAAAAUGAAAACAAAGUAGACGGAAUGUGUGCCAUUAUGGAUGAGCUACACAAGUAUGUUCCUAAGGUACUUAAACAUCAAGGAAGUACAAAAGAAGAAGAUCGACUUUAUCAGGUGUUGGCUGGUGGUGACCAAGUCACCGUUGUCAGAGCUCGUUCGGCUAUAGGUAUAAGAAGAACACAUGAUACCAACACAGAAAAGUUGAAAGGAAUUGUCCCGGUAGUGGAAGACUGGCAUGCAAGAUUGACACUUUUGCAGGCUAUAUUUGCUCGAUUAAUGAAGCAGAAUUCAGGAAGGCAACGGGGAACAUUAAUGCACUUAAAAAAUUUAGUCAGAGAUACAUCAGUUCCAAAUAAUGAUCCCAAAAAAAUGUCAAAGCCACCGAAGAUUUUUUAUCGAAAGUUUUGACUUCCUACUUAGUUGUUGCAGCAAAAGAAGUGAAGAAA